UGUUUGUCCUCUCUCUCUACAGUGCACCCGCUCUCCUCUCCUCGAAUCGCUAACCCUAACCCCAACCCCAACUCUCUCACCAUCACAUAACGGUUAAUUCUCUCAAUUUUGGCAUCUUAUUUGGAUUUCUAUUAUAGCUCGAGCAAUUUUAUUCGAUCCUAUUCAUGCAUCCGCAUUUUGACGCUUCUGAUUUCGCAUGUGAUCUGGUCGCAACCGACAUCGAGAGAGAUAGACGGGGAAAGUGGUAUUCGAUCAUCGGCAAGGUUUAAGGUCAUAACACCGGAGGGAAAUGUGAGCACAAGCAUAGUGGGCCAGAGUGGGAAUCUGGAAUAACCAAUUGCUUGGCCCUGACCAUUCGAAGGGGGGUGGAGCAGUUGCACCCAACAAGCACACUUCCAGACUGUCAAUUCCAAAGGUCAAGUACCUUAAAACUUGCCUUAGCAGGAUCACGUUGGAAUCAAAAGUAGAGAUUAUUCCAGGUGUUAUCUCCUGUAGAGUGUACAUGAUAUGAAGAUUUACAUCAGCUAAUAUGGUUCUCUAGUUGUGUGCGACAUUUUGCCUGUGUUGGAAAUGGCAUUUUAUUCCGAGGAGGACCAAACUGAAGAUUACCUUUUCAAGGUUGUUUUGGUUGGUGAUUCAGCUGUUGGGAAAUCCAAUUUGCUUGCUAGAUUUGCAAGAGAUGAAUUCUACCCUAAUUCAAAAUCAACCAUAGGAGUCGAGUUCCAAACUCAGAAGAUGGAUAUCAAUGGGAAGGAAGUUAAAGCACAGAUCUGGGACACAGCUGGUCAAGAGCGGUUCAGGGCUGUUACAUCUGCAUAUUACAGGGGUGCAGUGGGAGCUCUUCUUGUUUAUGACAUCAGUAGACGUCAAACAUUUGAUAGCAUUGGCAGAUGGCUUAAUGAACUUCACACUCACUCUGACAUGAAUGUGGUAACAAUACUUGUUGGGAACAAGUCGGACCUUAAAGAUGCAAGGGAGGUCACCACAGCAGAAGGCAAGGCCUUGGCAGAGGCACAGGGUCUGUUUUUCAUGGAAACUUCAGCUCUCGAUUCCUCCAAUGUUACUUCCGCUUUCCAGACAGUUGUUAGAGAGAUCUACAAUAUUUUGAGCAGGAAGGUAAUGCAAUCUCAAGAGCCCAGUAAACAAGAUCCUGCGUUGGGAAGUGGUAAGACUGUUGUUUUACAGGGAGAAGAGACCGAAGAAGUAGAUAUUCAACAACCACCACGUAAACAAGGUGGGUGCUGUUCAUCCUAAAGCUAAAGCUAAAGGCUACUCUGAUUUUAUGGGCCAGUGUGGACCCGUCAUCAUCCUUUUACUCCACUGCAGGUUCGCCCAACUCCCAAUCUGUGACUUGAUAAAAGUAUGGAAUUUCUUGCUUGCCCGAUGUAAUUUAAUUCUUGUUCUUGUUAAAAUACGGAUCAAAGAACGCACGUUCGUUCUGUUUAUUCUGUCUUCUGUUUCUUUUUUGGGUUAUGAGGAGGAGGAAAGGAAAUGGGAGUAGAAAAUGUAAAUGACUUGGUGCGAAUAAAAUGGGAUGUUAUUUAUAAUUGUUUGUUAUAAGUGGCUGGUCCGCUCUUGUUUCCUUUUUCUCCGCCUCUGCCUCUCCCUCCAUCUCAUCUGCCCUUGCUGCCUUGGUGUUGAGUAAUGGCAAUGAGCACCCACGUUACUCUGAUUGUCUCCAGUAGGAAGAAUGUU